AUGGAUGGCAGCAACGGUCGGGAGAAUGUGUCAGACUUAACUCGGGGAGCGGGAAACUCUCCCGUUACACGAAUGAACCCCGCAUCGGGAGCUCUGAGUCCUCUUCCCCGGCCCAAUGGAACUGCCAGCGCCCCCAAGAACCAGGUGGUGACCCCAGAGAUGUGCUGCUACUGCUUCGAUGUCCUCUACCGUCACCUCCAUGGCUUCCCUCAGCCUCGACGGCCUGGAUUCCCCGAUGAGCCCUAUCCGCUCUUCGUGACGUGGAGGACGGGGCGGGACCAGCGGCUUCGUGGCUGCGUUGGCACCUUCUCUGCCAUGAAUCUUCACUCGGGGCUCAGGGAGUACACGCUAACCAGUGCACUGAAGGACCGCCGGUUCCCGCCCCUGACCCCAGAGGAGCUGCCGCCCCUUUCCUGCUCCGUCUCCCUCCUGACCAACUUUGAGGAAGCCAGGGGUUAUCUGGACUGGGAGGUAGGCGUCCAUGGGAUUCUGAUUGAGUUCAGCCACGAAAACGGUGUCAGAGGGGCGGCCACAUACUUACCGGAGGUCGCUGAGGAGCAAGGCUGGGAUCAGACCCAGGCAAUCGACGCCUUGCUCCGGAAAGGUGGCUUUCAGGCCCCAAUCACCAGGGAGUUCAGAGAAACGCUCAGGCUCACCAGGUACCGCAGUGAGAAGGUCACAGUCAGUUACGCAGAAUAUGUUGCUUCUCGUCAGCACCGUCUCCAGAAUGGCCCUCUUCCUGCCUCAACCCUCUGCAGUCACUGCUCCGGACACACGGCUGCGUGA